AUGACUGAUCUCAAAGUCAUCCAUGCAUACCGUCACCUAUAUCGCGGGCUCCUUCAUGCUGUGCAGUUUUCGAAACCAGCUCGCUAUGUAGCUCGAGACCAACUGAGGGCGGCAUUCCGUGAGGAGAGGGCCAAGUUUGAUCCUCGAAACACAGCUAGGACCUUGCGCUUUCUCGAAGCUGCCGCUAGGACUCGUGGGCUAGAGCAUAAUAUCCUCAAAAAUCUCUUAGUAGUGGCCUACUACCGAUACUAUGCUUCUCGGAUGCCCUGGAAAAUGGUCGAGCAUUCAAUACAUGCGCCUAGAAAACGAACCGAGUUCGAAAUUUUUAUUCAAAAAACGGCCUAUAAGCAUUAUGACAUGACUGUCGCUAUGCUUAACAAGUCCAUGGGUUUAUGCUUACGAUAG